AUGUCUGCUUAUCCAAACACCAAAACCGACUUCCUCAUCGUACGAGCUGGCUCUUCUAGAGCAUCUCUCGCCUGUUUCCUCGUUCGCUAUGGCAAUGUUGGCCUUUUUAUUGCCUCCCCCCUAGCACCGCUAACAUCCCCACGUUCAUACGGUCAAUCUGGUACGGUCAAUCUGGCACGGCCAAUCUGCUAG